UGUUACCAUGGCCGCAGUGGACGUUGAAAAUUUGAUCUGCACUUCUGUAACUCUGUCGUCUCCUACUCUCGAUUUAAGUCGUACAGACUUAUCUAGCUUGCCACAAGAACUAUACAGCGCUAAGCACGUGGAGUGUCUGUAUUUGGAGGGCAACAAGCUGACUAAUUUACCUGUUGAUGUGUUCGAUUAUUUUACCAAUCUACGGUGGCUUGAUCUGAGAAACAACCGACUGGUGGAGCUUCCAUCUUCAAUUGGAUCUCUUAGGCAUGUAAAGGCACUUUUACUGGAAGGGAACUGCCUCACUACUUUACCAGCAGAACUUGGUUGGUUAACAAGCUUGUCGGGAUUGAAUCUUGCAGGAAAUCCUCUGACAGAUCCACCAAAGCAUGUUGUUGAACAGGGAACUAAGGCUAUACUUCAGUAUUUGCAAAAUCUUCUCAGCGUACAGUCUUCUGAACCUGUGCCACAUAUCCAAUCAUAUUCGCCUAAAGCAACAAGUCACAGAACAGAUCCAAACAGAUUUAAACAGUCUUUGUCACACCUCAUUCAUCAGUGUGGUAACCAACCCAUAUCACUCUUUUGGGACCAAGACCAGGAGAUGCUUGUUUUACCAACUACACAUCGAAUACAGCUCACACCAAUAAAGUCUCUAACAAAGCCACAACAAGUACUCUCCAUCUCUCAGAAAAAGUUCCACUUAUCUCAACAGAAGCAAAAGGAAGAACCGUUUGUAAGGAGAACUAGAAUUACUGAUGGUUCCAAUCAAGGCCAUAAACAAGCUGAAAUGCGUUUUGUUGGUAAUUUGGUUGGGUCAAAACAGGAAGCUCGAAGUCAGGAAAAAGUGAGGAUACAAAAAGUGGCCAAACAGAAAAGGAAGAUUGCAGAGAAAGAGCAGAAAAUGAAGGAACAAAAGUGUCACACUACGAUACCCAAGAUGGCCAAACUAACAGCAAAGGAUUUCAUUGAUUCUACUACAACAUUGCCUUUGUUUUUCUUGAGCACCUCUCAAGGAUGUUCAAUGAUCGCUUACCCAAGUAGCUUCUUGUGUUUGCUGUUGUUGUUCGCAAAUGCAAUGUUGGUGGACAGAAGCGUUGUUGGAAUGAUGUUGUGUCUGGUGACCUCAAGCAGUGUAACUUGUUGGAGCCCUGGAGGGAGAAAGCUGAAGAGUGUAACUCUUAGCGCUCCAUCAUCAAACGUAACGCAGAGCAUUUCAACUAGGAAGCAGAAAACAAAGAGAAGAGCCUCAGAAAUGACAAAAAAAAAGUAUUGCAGUAUUGGAGGAGACAUGUGUCAAACUAAUGCAUUGAUGACAGAUGAAACAGCUACUUGCGAAGAACCAUUAGUAGAUGACGAACCAUCAGGUUUGACAGAUCAAGACAGUAAUGAUGAUGAGGAAACGAAGAAGUAG